CGGGUGUCUGGAAGUGGUGCUAAUGGGAAGAGCUCCCCGGUUCCCAAAGAGGAUGCUCUGCCACAAAGAGCGGCUGGCGCGCGGAUCUGGGCUCUUCUAGCACAGGAGACAUCCCGGGAGAACUCCGGAGCUCGGUGGAGCGCUCCUCGGAAGACCUGGGUCAACAUGCCUGUGCGCAGGGGGCAUGUGGCACCCCAAAACACAUUUCUCGGCACCAUCAUACGGAAAUUUGAAGGGCAAAAUAAAAAAUUUAUCAUUGCAAAUGCCAGAGUGCAGAACUGUGCUAUCAUCUACUGCAAUGAUGGGUUCUGUGAGAUGACUGGUUUCUCCAGGCCAGAUGUCAUGCAAAAGCCCUGCACCUGUGACUUUCUUCAUGGGCCUGAGACUAAGAGGCAUGAUAUUGCCCAAAUUGCCCAAGCUUUGCUGGGGUCAGAGGAGAGGAAAGUGGAGGUCACCUACUAUCACAAAAAUGGUUCCACUUUCAUUUGCAACACACACAUAAUUCCAGUGAAAAACCAAGAGGGUGUGGCAAUGAUGUUCAUUAUUAACUUCGAAUAUGUGACAGAUGAGGAAAAUGCUGCCACCCAAGAGAGAGUAAACCCAAUAUUGCCCGUCAAAGUUGUAAACCGAAAACUUUUUGGUUUCAAGUUUCCUGGUCUACGAGUUCUUACUUACAGAAAGCAAUCCUUGCCACAAGAAGACCCCGACAUGGUAGUGAUAGAUUCUUCUAAACACAGUGAUGAUUCAGUAGCAAUGAAGCACUUUAAGUCUCCUACAAAAGAAAGUUGCAGCCCUUCAGAAGCAGAUGAUACAAAAGCCUUGAUACAGUCCAGCAAAUGUUCUCCUUUGGUGAAUAUAUCUGGACCACUUGACCAUUCCUCUCCCAAAAGGCAAUGGGAUCGACUCUACCCUGACAUGCUGCAGUCAACUUCCCAGCUGACUCAUUCUAGAUCAAAGGAAAGCAUUUGUAGUAUAAGGAGGGCUUCUUCAGUUCAUGAUAUAGAAGGAUUCAAUGUCCACCCCAAGAACAUAUUUAGAGACCGACAUGCCAGCGAAGACAAUGGUCGCAAUGUCAAAGGGCCUUUUAAUCAUAUCAAAUCAAGUCUUCUGGGAUCCACGUCAGAUUCAAAUCUCAACAAAUACAGCACCAUUAACAAGAUUCCACAACUCACUCUGAAUUUUUCAGAUGUCAAAAAUGAAAAAAAGAAUGCAUCCCCUCCUUCUUCAGAUAAAACCAUUAUUGCACCCAAGGUUAAAGAUCGAACACACAAUGUGACAGAGAAAGUGACCCAGGUUCUCUCUUUAGGAGCAGAUGUUCUACCUGAAUAUAAAUUGCAGACGCCACGCAUCAACAAGUUUACAAUAUUGCACUACAGUCCUUUCAAGGCAGUCUGGGAUUGGCUUAUUCUGCUGUUGGUUAUCUACACUGCUAUCUUCACCCCCUACUCUGCAGCCUUUCUUCUUAAUGACAGAGAAGAACAGAAAAGAAGAGAGUGUGGCUAUUCUUGCAGUCCUCUGAAUGUAGUAGACUUAAUUGUGGAUAUUAUGUUUAUCAUAGAUAUUCUAAUAAACUUCAGAACAACAUAUGUAAAUCAGAAUGAAGAAGUGGUAAGUGAUCCAGCCAAAAUAGCAAUACACUACUUCAAAGGCUGGUUCCUGAUUGACAUGGUUGCAGCAAUUCCCUUUGACUUGCUGAUUUUUGGAUCAGGUUCCGAUGAGACAACAACAUUAAUUGGUCUUUUGAAAACAGCUCGACUCCUUCGUCUUGUGCGAGUGGCACGAAAACUUGACCGAUAUUCAGAAUACGGAGCUGCUGUUCUAAUGCUCUUAAUGUGCAUAUUUGCCCUAAUUGCUCACUGGCUGGCAUGCAUCUGGUAUGCGAUUGGGAAUGUAGAAAGACCAUACCUGACUGAUAAAAUCGGAUGGUUGGAUUCCUUAGGACUACAAAUUGGGAAACUUUACAAUGACAGUGAUUCAAGUUCUGGACCAUCCAUUAAAGACAAAUAUGUCACAGCACUUUAUUUUACCUUCAGCAGUUUAACCAGUGUAGGAUUUGGGAAUGUGUCUCCUAACACGAAUUCGGAGAAAAUCUUUUCAAUCUGUGUCAUGCUGAUUGGCUCAUUAAUGUAUGCAAGUAUAUUUGGAAAUGUGUCUGCAAUUAUCCAAAGACUAUACUCGGGAACUGCCAGGUACCAUAUGCAGAUGCUUCGAGUUAAAGAAUUCAUUCGCUUUCACCAAAUUCCCAACCCUCUGAGGCAACGCCUAGAAGAGUAUUUCCAGCAUGCGUGGACUUAUACCAAUGGCAUUGACAUGAACAUGGUCCUAAAGGGUUUCCCUGAAUGUUUACAAGCUGACAUUUGUCUGCAUCUCAACCAGACUUUGCUGCAGAACUGCAAAGCCUUUCGGGGGGCUAGUAAAGGUUGCCUUAGAGCUUUGGCAAUGAAGUUCAAGACCACCCAUGCACCUCCAGGAGACACCCUAGUUCAUUGUGGGGAUGUCCUUACUGCACUAUAUUUCUUAUCUAGAGGGUCUAUUGAAAUCCUCAAAGAUGACAUUGUUGUAGCUAUUUUGGGAAAAAAUGACAUAUUUGGAGAAAUGGUUCAUCUUUAUGCCAAACCUGGAAAGUCUAAUGCAGAUGUACGAGCUCUAACAUAUUGUGAUUUGCAUAAAAUCCAAAGAGAAGACUUGUUAGAGGUUUUAGAUAUGUAUCCAGAGUUUUCUGAUCACUUUCUAACAAAUCUGGAGCUAACAUUUAACCUGAGGCAUGAAAGUUCAAAGGCUGAUCUCUUAUUACGUUCACAAUCCAUAAAUGAUUCCGAAGAAGACAACUGUAAACUACGAAGAAGGAAAUUGUCAUUUGAUAGUGAAGAUGAAAAAGAUUUUGGCAAAGGAAACAGUUCAAAUGAUCCUGAAGACUCUGUGGAUACAAUACGACAUUAUCAGAGUUCCAAGAAACAUUUUGAAGAGAAAAAAAGCAGGUCUUCAUCUUUCAUCUCCUCAAUAGAUGAUGAACAAAAGCCUCUCUUCUCAGGAAUAGUAGAUUCCCCUUCAGGAAUAGGAAAAGCAGCUGGACGCAAUUUUGAAGAAACUGUUCCCACCUCAGGAAGAAUUCACAUAGAGAAAAGAAGUCACUCCUGCAAAGAUAUCGUUGACCCCAGGAGCUGGGAACGAGAAAGCACCCGGAAGCAAGCUGAGGAGUGUAGUACAUCUGGACAUCAGCAAGCUGCCUGGGGAAUUUCUGAAACAGAAAGUGAUCUUACCUAUGGAGAAGUGGAACAAAGACUAGAUUUGCUCCAAGAACAGCUUAACAGACUUGAAUCCCAAAUGACUGCUGAUAUACAGACCAUCUUACAGUUACUGCAGAAGCAAACCACUGUGGUUCCCCCAGCCUACAGUAUGGUAACAGCAGGCACAGAGUAUCACAGACCCAUCAUUCACCUGAUGAAAACCAGUCAUCCAGUAGCAUCCAUCAAGACUGACCGCAGUUUCAGCCCCUCCUCACAAUGCCCAGAAUUUCUAGACCUCGAAAAAACUAAAAAGUCCAAAGAAUCCCUCUCAAGUGGGGUGCACCUGAACACAGCUUCAGAAGACAACUUGACUUCACUUUUAAAGCAAGACAGUGAUCUCUCUAUAGAGCUACACCCUCAACAAAGAAAAACUUACCUUCAUCCAAUUAGGCAUCCCUCUUUGACAGAGUCAUCCACAAGCACUGUAGGAACUUUGGGUCUUCAUAGGCAUGUUUCUGAUCCUGGUCUUCCUGGGAAAUAAUCAUUUUUUACUAUUUACUCCACAUACAAUGUAAGUGCUUUUAAUGGCUGUUUUCCUUUUUUGUAUUUAAAUCCUCUCUACUUGAC